ACCCGACCUGACCCGGUGAGACGUCUAAGGCCCAUACGCCGAACGUCAAUGGCGAAUUGCCGGCGGGGGAGCACCGGACUUGCCAUCGGAGGGCUGCCACCCAUCACCACCACGAUCGUUAAGCCCAUCGUCCUCCUCUCGCUCACCGGCGCCGUCCUGUCGCUUUUCUUUCUUUGGAUUUCCAGUAACAGCAGCCGAGUCGGGCUUCACAUUGGUGGGUGGAGGAGGCCGAUGACUGAGAGUGCAGGCGGAGGAGGAGGAGUUCCAGCGGAAACCAUGCCACCUCCCCGUGCCUUUAUCUUAUGGCUCCACGGCCUUGGCGAUUCUGGGCCGGCGAACGAACCCAUUAAGUCUUUCUUCACCUCCCGGGAGUUCUCAGCCACCCGCUGGUCCUUUCCCUCUGCACCAGUCAUGCCCGUCUCCUGCAACGGUGGUAUUUCAAUGCCUUCGUGGUUUGACAUCCAUGAAAUACCAAUUGCUGCUGAUGCUCCAAAAGAUGAAGAGGGAGUCAUGAAAGCUGUUCAAAAUGUGCACAGGAUUAUAGACAAUGAGGUAGCUGCUGGAGUGCCACCUGAAAACAUAUUUCUUUGUGGUUUUAGUCAAGGAGGUGCACUGACCCUAGCAAGUGUACUGCUCUAUCCGAGGAGACUUGGUGGAGGUGCCAUAUUUAGUGGAUGGGUUCCUUUUAACUCAUCUAUCAUAGAAAAGAUUCCUCAAGAUGCUAAAAAGACACCUAUAAUCUGGUCUCAUGGGAUGGCUGAUAAAACAGUCUUGUUUGAAGCUGGUCAAGCUGGUCCACCUUUCCUACAAGCAGCUGGCAUCGUUAGCUGUGAAUUCAAGGCGUAUCCUGGUCUUGCCCAUUCCAUUAGCACAAAGGAGCUGCAAUCCCUUGAAUCGUGGAUUAAAAGCCGUUUGAGGACCUGACCAGAGUCGGCUGCUCUUAGACCAAAAUCAGAAGGCUAGUUUCUCCGAACAGUGGUUGUUGAGUCUCUGAUGUGAUCAAUGGUAGAAUUUUUCUGUUUGUAAUUUUUUGUAUGUUGUAGGCUUCAGUUUUAUAACUAAAUACGGAAUAACUUUGUGAAACAAAUUUCAAUCUUAAAAUGUUUGAAAGGUUCAUCUUAA